AUGUCCAAGAACAACAACAAAGAAAACAUGAACGAUAUCUACGGCGACGAGGAGAUCAAUCUGAUUGAUCUGAAACCCGCCGACGAAGAAGUUGAAGAGAACACAUCCCACAAGGAGGAGGACGAGAUUGAAAUGGACUUCGCCAAACUCAAGUUUAUCGAGAAUCCUGUGGAAGAGAUGAGCAGCAGCCGCCUGCCACAGACGUUAUCUGGCUGUGUUGGAUAUAUGGACGGCUUGCCGCUGCUGGCACCCAAUGCUGACCAGAGCAACCCGCAGACGAUCGUUGACAUGAUCAACUCUGUCGCGGCUUCUGAUGAAUCGGUUGUCGCUGCUCGUGUUCCCAAGAAGACACUUCAUUCUGAUGCUUUUGGACCAUUUGGUCACACAGUACGUACUGGAUGUAUCAGCUUUUACAAAAAGUUCGAAACCAUCUAUGCUGCUGCUGAAGGCCGUUGGUUGUUACUGGGUCCGCUGGUAGGCUGGAUGAACAAAGGCAAGAAUGUUUCCUUGGAUCAAGAUGUAAUCCGCGUGAACGACGAUCAAGUUCUUAUCAUUCGCAUUAUCGAGGGCAACGUGGGUCUGAUAACCAUUCAAGGUGUUCACCACUUGCUCGAUGUGGGUACACAUGUGUUUAACAGUGGAACAGUGAAGUACUUUGGAGCCAAGAACUUGGCAAACAACAACUACAUGAGCCAUGGACCCUACCACUAUGUCAACGUUCCUCGUGGAAAGAAUGCAAAAGUGUGGGCUCUUGUAGAGUCUGAUGGAAAAAAUGCACUAGUUCCUCGCCUGAUUAAGGAAGGGGAGCACUUUGUUCGUUCGACCUUUUUCAAGUUUGAAGGAAUGGCGAACAUCAGCGACGAAUACAUUGGCCAUGAUUCCAUUCACAUUCUGAAUGUUGUUAAAGGAAGUGUUGCGAAGGCCAAUUGUGACAACGAACCUCGUUUAUUUGGUGAGGGCUUGCAUAUCAUCGAAUCGCCAAACUUUUCGUACAUAGGAAGAGAAUUGAUUUCAAUGGAUAACCUGUGCAUUGCUCAUGGUACUAUCACGAUCCUACAAGUGCCGAGGGGAAAGAUUGCAUUGCUCUGGAAGAGUAACCAGCCUUGUUUGAUCGAACGACCUGGUUUAUACGAGUUCAACAGCAAUGAUGUGUUCUUCAAGGAGUUUGUCGAUUCAAGCGCCCGUUACAUUGAACUGGGGGCGAAGAAAGUUAUCUUAGUCUAUACUGGAGAAGUGGGUAUCACCUACGAUAAAGGCCACUUGCAGAUACUUGAGAAUGGUCAUCAUGUUAUCGAUAGCUCAACUCACAUUUUUGAGAGAUUCUUGUCUACCAAACAAAGGAGUAUAAGGCUGAUAACCUACAAUGCCAACCACAAGAUUGGAAAGACCCAGAAACAGACGCAGAAAGAACGCGCCAAAUAUGAAAUUGGUGGCAAGAAGGUGAAUCAUGAAACCGAAGACCAAGCACAUAAGAACACCUUUGAUGACGAUUCCGAUCUCUUGGUUUGUGAGACGAAGGAUUUGGUAAAAGUUGGCGUGCGGGCGGACGUUUUCUACUCGAUUGUGGAUCCUGAGAAGUGCAUCCAAACCUUGAACACAGACGAACUGGAAGAUUUGGUCCGGGAGACUGCCGUUUCGACGUUAACCAAUAUCAUUCGUUCUACUGGCUUGAAUCAAAUUGCUCAGAGCCGUCAGAUCUCUGCGUCCGAGUCGGAACUAGUCGCCGAGGCGGCUAUUGUUGAUGGCGAGGGCGAGGCAGGUGAUGUAUCUGCCGUCAGUUACUUUUUCGACCGUGCACAUGAUGAGUUUAUGAAUAAGCUGCACGAAGACUUUGUCAGUCGUUAUGGUGUUGACAUUGCGAAUAUUCGAUUGGAAUCGUUCAAAAUCAUGGACACUGAGCUCGCAAAUGAAAUUGCUCAGAACUGUUUGACCACAGCCCAUGUUGAGAAUCAACUCUCAAAUCUGCAAGGCCAGAACUUGAUCGCGACGCAAAAGGAGCAAACUGCUGCCGACUGCGAGAAGAUCAAGGCUCUAUCUGAAGCAACUGCUUUGCAAACUCGCUCCGAUGCCGAGAACGCUCGUGGAGUUGAAGCUGCAAAGGCAGAAGCUGAGGCACAAAGGUGCCGAACAAUUAUACAGGCUCAAGCUGAAGCAGAUGCCAUUCUGUGUAAGGCAAAGGCGGAAGCCGAGGCUCUUCGCCUGAAAGCAGCUGCCGAGGCUGAACGCGCGACGUUGCUGAGCCAAACUCGUCUUGGUCAACAGGAAGCCCUCUUCCAAAUUUAUGCCGACAUGGUCAAGAGCAGCAACGAGGGGGUUGACAAGGUGGUAUAUUUGGAUCCUUCUAUCAACAAAGACAGCACUUUCGCUCUCGGCAGUUUGGAUGGAUUGAACAGAGAUUUGCACGCUUUGUCCAAACUUGGUAUGGUGGCUGAAACCAUGGAUAGCCGCACAGAUACUGCAUUGGAUAUGCCUUAG